CGCGCCAUAUUCUCCAUUGGCUUCCUGUCAUCGCCAUAUUUGGUAGUGAGUGGAAACGCCAACCGGAUGCUUCACAUUUAUACAUCCGGUGAGAUAUCUGGCUUUACCGCAAUUCUUGUAAACAUGGCGGAGACUGAACACCAUUCAGGCUCCUCCCCCGAAGAUGACACACUACCGAUCCCUGUCUGUCAGAACUUCAUGGUGCCCAAAAAGGAGAUCAGCAUGUUUCCUGAUAUGGGGAAGUGGAAACGUUCCCAGGCGUAUGCUGAUUACAUGGGAUUCAUUCUGACGCUGAACGAGGGAGUGAAGGGGAAGAAACGUACAUGUGAAUACAAAGUGUCUGAGACCAUAGAGAAGCUUCUGGUUCUGUUGGGGACUCUGGACCGCUGGAUAGAUGAGACCCCUCCUGAAGACCAGCCCUCUCGCUUCGGCAACAAGGCCUACAGGACUUGGUACGCCAAGCUCGACCAGGAAGCAGAGGGGCUGGUUGCAGCAGUCAUCCCAGAAGACAAGGCAGCUGCGGCUCCAGAGAUAGCUGUGUAUUUGAAGGAGGCGGUGGGCAACUCCACCAGGAUAGACUAUGGAACAGGUCACGAGGCUGCCUUUGCCAUCUUCCUCUGCUGUCUCUGCAAGAUCGGAGCUCUCAGGGUAGAUGACCAGUUGGCCAUCAUUUUCAAGGUGUUUGACAGGUAUCUGGCGGUCAUGCGCAAGCUUCAGAAAACCUACAGAAUGGAGCCUGCUGGCAGCCAGGGGGUCUGGGGGUUGGAUGAUUUCCAAUUUCUACCUUUCAUAUGGGGCAGCUCCCAGUUUGUAGACCACCCCACGUUGGAGCCCAAGCACUUUGUCGAUGAAAAAGUGGUCAACGAGAAUCACCACGACUACAUGUUCCUGGAGUGCAUCAAAUUCAUUAAUGAGAUGAAAACUGGUCCGUUUGCUGAGCAUUCCAAUCAGCUGUGGAACAUCAGUGCUGUCCCCACCUGGUCCAAAGUCAACCAGGGCCUGAUCCGAAUGUACAAAGCAGAGUGCUUGGAGAAGUUCCCUGUUAUUCAGCACUUCAAGUUUGGCAGUCUCAUCUCCAUCCAGCCUGUGAAGCCCUGACGGCCAUCCAAAGAAACCAUGUGUGUGACGGAGAGACCAAACUCCCAACAUCCCUUGAGGAUGAACGCCCGAUCCUCACCCAAGAAAGAUCCCCAAAUUCAUCCCUAAUAUUAGCACAGACACCAACCCCAAAAUCCAUCUUUUUCGAGAACCAAUACCCUCCCCAAAUUGCCAAUGACGGCGCCACGAUCAUCAGUGACUCAAUUCGGUUUUGUGUGUGUGUAAGCGUGUUAUGGAAAGCUGUCAGUCAUUCUCAAUGCAAUACUGAGAGUGUGCACCUUUAUUAGUGUGUCUAUUUAUUUCUAUAAAUGUACGAAUGCUGACCAGGGUUCUGUUCAUUAGGCACCAAAUGGAAGAAAAUGGACUGAAAGAGGGGACUAACUGAACCUGUCCAAUAAGUAACACAUUUUUUGUUUUCUGUUGCGUAAUAUUUUGGAGCGUUUUCCAUUGUGUGCUCUAAUGAACACGCCCCUGGUGUAGCAGGGAUAGGUUAGCCUUGUUGGAUAAACAUUGCCGAGACAAGAGCUUGGCUUUACUGUGAGUGGCCUGAUGUGUAUAGCUCCUACCCCAUACUGGACACUUGAGUCCUUGAGACAGAGCUGUUUUUUUUUUACAACGGAUUGUGAUAUAAAUGUGUUUCUCUGAUUAUUUGAGAUAUUCUAAAUUCCUUAGCAGUUCUGAUUUUUGUUUUUGAGUGUCCACUGAUGUUUGGGCCAACUGUUUUCAGUUUUGUUGCAUACUGUGUCUGUCAUUAUUGCCUGUAUGAUCAUCUAAGUUGUAAGUCAUAUUAUAAUAAUUUGUUAA